AUGAAGGUGAAUGCUAGCAAAAUCAAAAUGUUUUUCUCUAAUAAUAUUCAUAAUUGCAAACGUGAAGAAUUGAGUUCAUUCUUGGGUUUCUCUAGAACAGAUGACUUGGGUAAAUAUCUUAGUGUAAAUCUCCAUCAUAAACGGGUUACUAAGGAGACUUUUGGUGAAGUGGUUGAUAAGGGAAUCUGGCAUAUGGUUGAGGAAGGAAUUAAGAUGGCAGGCAACAAUGAUAUUCGAUGGAAAUGGGAACACGCUGCACAGGAAGUGAUGGAGCUUAUUAAUGGAGGAGAUUUCAAUCUUCAGCAAGACAGGUUGCCAUUGGAAGAGAUCAUAUCGAUGCUUCAACAAGAGUGGAAAUAUUUGGAGGGUUCCAGAGAAACUACGAGUUACAGGCCUCAACUUGUAGCCAUGGGACCCAUUCACAGUGGGACCGAAAGCGAACUGCAAAUCAUGGAAGAGACCAAAUGGCGCUACAUGCACCAUCUUCUUUCGCGUCCCACUGGAAACUUGCAGUGCAAGACCCUUAGAAGUUGCUGUGAGCUCCUGAUAGGCUUUGACAGUAUAAUUCGAGCCAGCUAUGCCGAUGGGGAGACAAUGGAAUUGGGAGCAGAGGAGCUUGCCAGAAUAAUGCUACUUGAUGGCUGCUUUCUCUUGGAGCUUCUGCUCAAACUCCAAGAAAAUGUCAUCACAGAUCCGCCGCUCCGUCACAAUCAGAGUGAUCCUUCUCUGGAUUUUACCGACGACAAGAAAAAGAUCUUGCGUGUUCUCACUGAUCUUACGCUGCUCGAGAACCAAAUCCCUUUGCUACAGAAAAAGAACUUUCUCCUGAAAAACUUGCCGAGUCACACUUUGAAUGCAAGGUUGCCAACUGUCACGGGCUGA